AUGACCGGUAACUCAACUCUUCCACCCCUUAUCAACGCCAUCGAGAUUUAUAAAGUCUUGGACCUCCCAAAGCUUGAGACAGAUCAAGAUGAAGUUUCGGCUAUGAAGAACAUCAAGAAGACAUAUGGUUUGACCAAGAAGGUAAGCUGGCACGGGGAUCCAUGUGCUCCUCAGUUGUAUCAGUGGGAAGGUGUAAAUUGCAGUUACCCGAACUCCGAGCCAUCGCUGGUCAUAUCCUUGAACUUGAGUGCAAGCGGAUUGAUCGGUACCAUAACAUCUGAAAUAUCCAAGUUAACACAGUUGAAAGAGCUUGAUUUAUCGAGUAAUGAGUUAUCAGGAGAGAUUCCAGCUUUCUUUGCCGAUAUGAAGCUGUUGAAACUCAUAAACUUAAGAGGAAAUCUGAAGCUUAAUCUCACAGUUCCAGAGUCUCUUCAGGAAAGGCUAAACAGCAAAUCUUUAACACUAAUUUUAGUUAAUAGUGAGACUAGACCAUCCAAUCCAUCAAUUAUAACAAAAGACCGCAGGGUUACGUACCCCGAGGUACUGAGGAUGACUAAUAACUUCGAGAGGGUUCUUGGCAAAGGAGGCUUUGGAACAGUGUAUCAUGGAAACCUGGAUGAUGCUCAAGUAGCUGUUAAAAUGCUCUAUCAUUCAUCAGCUCAAGGUUAUAAAGAAUUCAAGGCAGAGGUUGAGCUUCUUUUAAGAGUUCAUCAUAGACAUUUGGUGGGACUUGUGGGGUAG